GGUCACCUUACUGUGUGCUAUAAAAGGACAAGGGUCCAAUCCAAAGGGACUCUCUGAGACCAUGGAGAGAGGGGAGACUUGGUGACACACAGUCUGUAUGGGGUGGGAGAGACACAGACUGGCAGCCAGCAAGAUGCAGGAGCAUUGCUGGAACCUGCAGUACUACCUGAAGAUGCCAAGUAUGGAUUCUGCCAGAGAUGGACUCUUUCCUAUGCAGUCAUGUGACUGAAGAUAUACAGACAACGUGUAGCUAGUAGCCUGGAAGCUGAGAGAACCAGAACGAGGCUUGGAAUAUGGAAGCUGCCAGUGAAAUCGAGGCUUGAAUUGUGAAGGCUGCCAGUGAGAUCGAGGCUUGGAACUCAAGAGCAGGAAGUGGUGUUCAGAGAGAAAAUACUUGUUUGCCGAUUGAAGAAGACACCAGCAAGCCUCCAGUUUAGCUAUCUUCAAACCCAUUUCCCUAUUCUUCACGAUCUGAUGUGGUGACAGUCUCUGUUGGAAACAUGCAAACAUUUCCAAUUUUUCAGCUACGGAAUGUAGCAUGCACAGUUUCCACCAUUUUUCAUAGAAAUUCUGCGCUGCUACAAACUUCCAUACACAAGCACAGAAAUGAUUACUUUACAUCAAGAAAGAUGGCCUCUAGGCCUAGUAACAGAAGGAACUUGUGUAUCGCAGCGCUGACCCAGCACGAAACGCAGACUCUAGCAAAAAAAGAAGAGCGACUGCUAAAUAGAAUUUAUGAGGGUUUGGUGGAAGGGCAUCGAGCUUGCUUGGCAGAAGCCAUAACACUGGUAGAAUCUACACAUAUGAGAAAAAGGCAAAUUGCUCAAGUACUGCUGCAGAAGGUACUAAGUCAUCACCGAGAAAAGGAGCACCUAAAUAACGGAAAACCUCUAGCGUUUAGAAUAGGCCUGUCUGGUCCCCCAGGAGCUGGAAAAUCAACUUUUAUUGAAUAUAUUGGGAAAAUGCUUACUGAGCAGGGACACAAAGUUGCAGUUUUGGCUGUUGACCCAUCGUCUAGCACCAGUGGUGGCUCUCUUCUUGGGGAUAAAACACGAAUGCAAGAGCUGUCUAGAGAUAUGAAUGCUUACAUUCGACCUUCUCCCACCAGGGGGACACUGGGAGGGGUCACAAGUACAACUAAUGAAGCUAUUUUACUCUGUGAAAGUGGUGGUUAUAAUAUUGUACUGGUGGAGACUGUGGGUGUAGGACAGUCUGAAUUUGCAGUGGCUGACAUGGUUGACAUGUUUGUUCUAUUGCUGCCACCAGCAGGAGGUGAUGAAUUGCAGGGCAUUAAAAGGGGCAUCGUUGAAAUGGCAGACCUAGUCGUCGUAACAAAAGCUGACGGGGAUUUGCUAAUACCAGCAAGAAAGAUUCAAGCGGAGUAUGUUAGCGCUUUGAAGUUGCUCAGAAAACGUUCUAAAAUUUGGAAGCCUCAGGUUGUUCGCAUCUCUGCUAAGACCGGAGAAGGUAUCCCAGAACUAUGGAAGAAAAUAACAGACUUUCAGGGCACCAUGCUGGAAAGUGAAGAACUGCUAAGCAAACGCAGGGCUCAGCAGAAGGUGUGGAUGUGGAACGUAAUUCAGGAGAAUGUUCUCUUACAUUUUAAGAACCAUCCUGCUGUUAAAGAUAAGCUACCUCUCCUGGAGGGGCAGGUCCUCACUGGUGUCCUAUCUCCCAGCCUGGCAGCAGAUAUAUUACUAAAGGCUUUCUUUGAAAGCAGUUGAAAUAUUACACAGCUUAUGAUCAAGAAGACAUUGGGCAUAUUUCCUUAAUUUUCUUUUUCUGGUAUGCAAACGUCUUAUCAACACAUGCUACAAAAUGAACCUUUAUGUAUACAUAUUGUAUCUGUAAAAAUUUGUACUAAACGUUCACCUGAAGUAGGAAGUGUAUGCAAGAUUUUAAAGAACUGCAGUCCAAGAGGUCAAUUGGUGACUGGAGCCACCUCAUUGCACCUCUGUUCAGGCUUACGCCAUUGACUCGGUUGUUCUUGAUGGUUUUCUAUAGGAAUUUGUGUCUUUGUGGAGGUUUUAAAAUAAAAUAAGUUUUAUGCUGACAAAAGUGCUUGUAAAAUUGAUAUUGUCUAGUGGAAUAAAUAUAAUUUAUUACAUUA